GUGUCCUCCUUUCCUCCCCCCACCUCCCUGAUUGUAAUGAGCUGCAGAAAUGGAAAAGGCCCCGACAGAGUAGUGGCUUUGCUCCUUCCUAAUGAGAGAGACAUUAUUUCCGGACCAAAAAACAUCAUUAAGAGUAUGGAGCCAGUGUUGUAAGGACUUAAUUACAUGCUCCAGGAGGAACAAGAAAAUCUUAUUAAAAGAACUUGGUAGUCAUUAAAGAAAAAGAAAUCUAAGCCCUGAGUAAAAGAAGAAGUGAGAGCCUCUGGAAAACAAAAGGUGUUAGCAGAAAUACAUAGCUGUGCAAUCCUAUGCCUACCUACUUAGUAGUCAGCCCCACCAAAUACAUUAGACUUCUGCCAGAUUUUUGCUGGCUGUUUUUCAUGGAGAAAGUCCAAGGAGAAAUGGAGAUUGAGAGAUGGGAAAGAAGCGAAGAGAUGUCAGAUGCUGAGAAAAAGGUGAUUCAGGAGACAUGGAGCAGAGUGUAUGCGAACUGCGAGGACGUUGGGGUCUCCGUACUGAUCAGGUUUUUUGUCAACUUCCCAUCUGCCAAGCAGUACUUCAGCCAAUUCAAGCACAUGGAGGACCCACUAGAGAUGGAGAGGAGUCCACAGCUGCGUAAACAUGGCAGGCGGGUGAUGGGAGCAAUUAACAGUGUGGUGGAGAAUAUCUAUGAUUCAGAAAAAGUGGCCUCCGUCCUAGCCUUGGUGGGCAAGGCGCAUGCCGUCAAGCACAAAGUUGAGCCUUUCUACUUUAAGAUUCUCAUGGGUGUUAUAUUGGAAGUGCUUGCAGAAGAAUACACCAAUGAGUUCACCCCUCCAGAGGUUCAGAGAGCCUGGGCCAAGAUGAAGAGCCUCAUCUGCACUCACGUGACUGCUGCGUACAAGGAGGUGGGCUGGGUGCAGUAUCCGAACUCUACCAUGAACCCCCAGGUGACGGCGGUGGCAGCAGCAGCAGGAGCAGCAGCCGAGUGACAGAGCCCCGACCGCAGACCUGAAACGCUGUGGCUCAAAAGAACAAACGUCACCGGAACAUGAUAGCACCCAAGAGAACUACAUCUGUCUCCUUUAAUUACCCCAUGUACAUAUUAGUGAGUGGAAGUGCUUUAUGAUUUCUAUAGCUCCAGCCAGCAAAGCUAUAGAGUCACAGGUGUGCGUAAGCACUCUCCCCAAAGUAUAGACAGGCAAAUUUAAAUCAUGUACACUGUGAUGGGGGGGGGAGGGAAUAUCCUUAAUUUCCCCAGGGAGAAAACAAUGAAAUAGAUCACGACUGUUACAGUUCCUAAACAUGUAUAGCUUUGGAGACUUACAAUGUUUGUCUGCCUUGCAGAGGACAUUCCAUUAAAUGGCACUGAAUUUGUUUGUUUCCAUUUUUUUUGUACUAAAGUUACAAUUUAAGGCUCUAAUAUUUGAACUCUGCAAGUACUUUUGUGCCCAUAUAUCACAAGUAACUCUGUGUCCUUGUUUUAAUCAAAACACUAGUAAUGUGUGCAUAAGUGCUUGCAGGAUCUCGGUCCAAAACUGUAUCCGCAUGAUCCAUUCAGAGCCGUGUCCUUCUGGGAUAGGUUUGACCACAGUAAACGUAGCCUAGAUUUUGAAAUCUUACCUAUGGGUCUGAUUCUAGUCUUGUCCUUCGUUCCUGCUUUUUCUCUGCUGUUAACAUCUCUCAACUGAGGUUUGUCUGGAAUUAUAUCAACAGUGUUUCCAACUCUCACUGUUUUGUCGUAAGUCUUGUAUUAUGAUCUAGUGUUUCCCCCCAGUUACAGAUCAAACUCUAGGAGUCAUGAGGUUACAGGAGAGUCUUUCAAGGAGAUUAAGCCAAAGCUUAAACAUGUGAAAUCAUUGCAACAAAAACCAAAUUAUAAUAAAUUCCUUUAAUAAGAAUCCCUCAUCCUUUUGAGGCAUUAUAAUGAUAUGUAUGUGUGUGAAUGUCUGAGUCAUGGGUUUUAAUCAGUCUUAUUGAUUUAGUCUUAUGGUUCAUUGAGAUCCCGGAGGGCUUCCUUAUGAAUAAGUAUGCACAGAAUUAGAGAUUGUGUUGCACAUUUAGGUCAUGAUCCCUAUGGCUAGUUAUAAGUGAGCAAUUCCCAUGUUAACAAAUGAGGCUUAUGCAAAUUUAACUGUGCAUAGGGGUUACAGCUGGCAAUACUGUACCAAGAAUUUUAAUUCUUUUUCUUUCAAGUCACUAUAAUGAAUGAUUUGAUGUUCACCAGGAAUGAACUCCAGUAAAUAGGUUUGCCAUUUGAUCAGGAAAAUGAAAACACACACACAUGGAUUCCAUGUUUCUGUGCCUUUAAUGGAGGCUUGAGCUACAAAAAUCCGAAGGUGAAUCUUUCCUUCAAGGCACAGAAGCAAGCAUUAUUGCCUGUUAACAACUACCAACCAAUCUGCUGUUAAAGGCAUAAUAGCAGGGUAUGUCCCCCCACCUCCCAAAAAAGCUGGCAAUUCUCACGUUUUCUACCAAAUAUUCAUCGUUCUGCUAAAAAUCUACAUUACCAGCACCAUUUUAAAAAUUGUUUAAAAGUGAUGACCUUGGUGGCUGAGAUCAGAAACCAAUCCCGAAUUAAUCUAUGAUUGUAUGCCAUAAUCUAAAUGUACUUUAAACUUAAUUUUCAAAGUAGAUGAAAAUAAACCUUUUGACAGAGAAAUAUAGACAAGCUGAUUAGGCUUUGAUGUAAUACUUCAGAAUUCAACUUUCAAGCCCUAUGAAUUUUAAUCCAGAACAACCCCUCUUGGCUUCUCUCUUUUUUAAAAAUGGUGAUGGAGAAAGUCUGACUGUUAUAUUUCUAUAUAUAGAAAACAACCCACCAUGUCUCUCUCUUUCUCCGCCCCCCAUCUAUAUAGAUAGAGAUAUAGAGAUAUAGAUAACUUUGACUAAAUUGAUUUCAUUAUACAUGAGAAACAGCCAAGCACAAAUGAAAAGUGGAAGCAAAAAUAUUGCAUCUUGCCUGCUGUUAAAUCACAGAUGGAAAAUUAAAAGUGGUGGAAGGCAACAUAAGUAUUUAGAACUAGUGCCAGUAGAAUACAAUGAAAACACAGGAUGUAGCUCUUGACUGACUCUCGCCCAUCAACUCCAUUCCUUCUAGGCCUGUUCUAAAUUGCAGGGGUCCCUUGGGGGUGGGGGGGCAGGAAAUGGUUAAUCAUCUGGAUUGUCUGUUAACAGCCAUGCACAAAAAAUGGCACUGUAUAAAAUAAUAAAUAUUAAUACAUAUGAUUUAACUGUGUAUUUUAUAAAAUAGGCUUUUUGGUGCUAUGAAAAGUGAUUUGUGAAUGUUUCCUUCUAAUCGUACAAAAUCCUCUUGUUUAUUAUACCAACAUACUAGUUGAUCCCUAUUGUACUUUUCCUCUGUAUUAUUUGUAUGACUUAUGUAUGCUGCCAAUAUGCUGUCUUGUGGUUUUCUUUACUCUUUAUACAUCUGUUCCUUGUUAUAAGUGUCACCCUUCUGUGUUUGUUGAGUCUCCAUGUAUCACCAUCUAGUAGGCUGGGGUGGGUGAAAGGAUGGGCAGUAGACUAGUCCUGGGGUGGACAUUUACAGCUCUCCGGAUGCUGUUUGAUUUUGGUUCCCAGCAGUCCCAAUGGGCAUGGCCAAUGCUUAGCAAUGAUGGGAGCAGUAAUCCCUGUCAAGAAUCUCAGCCAACCAACCUAAGGUUGAGUACUUAAUGCUCUGUGGAGAUUCUACCUUAUACAGUAUUCACCAGUUUGUGGCUUUUAAAACGUCUUUUUCCUUAAGAGAAACUUUUGAAUUUAGGAAUCACGAGUUCCCAAAUCAGUCUUCAAAGAUACGAACGUUUUCAUACAGGAGAGUUCUUCAGCUGCAGAAGGCUUUGGUUCCAUUGAGCAGCUAAACUCCUGCAGAACACUUCCGAACAUCCAAUUACAUUAUCUGAGGAAACUUCAGUGGUAAGAAAAUGUUACGUUCUGCCUAUUUGACUCAAGGUCUGCAAGAACACUAAAAGUCAAAAGUGGUCAAAUAGCUAUACAGCUGCACCCACACAAGUUGAUGACCCCUACUGAUUGUCUUUCAGCUCCCACCCCACUCAAAAACCAUGGCCAUUGCACAAGAGUAUCUGCUGGGCUGGCUUCCAGCUUCUGCUGAAGCAACUUAUCUUGGGUCUGAAAAUGCAGGGCACAAAUAACGGAUGGCCACUACUCAGAGAUGGAAAUCUUUGUUGCCAGGUGCUAAUAUUCCAUUCCCUCAUGAGAGUACAUAGCUGGCCAGUCUUAACUGAAUGUUGCAUUGGACGAACUCUACUCCAGCAUAGCAACUCUCACAUUCUUACCUUUUGUGCUCCUGAAAGUUAGGAAAGACAGUGAAAAAAAUAGAAGAUGGUUUAAAGGGCCCAAUUACACAUUUGAUAACACUGAAUCCAAGGGAAAGGCUGCCACGUUUGCUCUGAUAUUAAAACUUCAAAUGCCAUUCAAGGCUGCAGAAAUAAACCACAGGGUAGGCAAUCUCUAGAGUUCUGGAUGCUGCAGAUGUCUGUCAUUGGAGGGCUACACCACCCCUGAGAUCCCCCUGACCCUAUGUCUUGCAAUUAUUUUUAAAGCUCCUUGCACAUCCUGCUAAAAGUUAUAAAGCAGAGUCCUUUUCAAAAUAAUGAAAAUUUGCCGGCCAUGUCCCCUAGAGGGCGCAAGGGGACUUUUUGAGCCUUUUAAAAAAACUGAGUAGCCUGACAAAUAUUAUUGUGACAAAUAAACUAAUGAAAUGCCAAAUAGGCUUGUUUAACUAAAGGCUGCUCAGUCAUCAGAAUAUGAAUUCAAUGUUAGCCCAUUGUUGUGGGAGUUAGCUUCCUGUUCAUCCUUUUUUCAACACUGUAGCUCUGUCAGUCUGCUUCAGCCCAACACGAAGGUAAAAAUAAUUGAAUAGAUUUAUUUCAGUGGGAGCUUUUAUGGAUUACAGUCCACUCUGUGAAUUGUAGCUCAUGCCAGAAUAAAUCUGUUAGUCUCAA